CUCACACUCUUUACUAUAUUUAGCCUCCGCUUUAUAUUGCCACAUUCCUUAAUUACUUAUUGACUGACCUAGAACCUACGUCUCCUUUAACUAAUAGUCUUUCUUUUGCAUCACAAUGAAGUACUCUAUUGUCGCUCCUUUGGUGUUGGCUGCCUCAGUCAUCGCCGCUCCAGCCAACAUUGACAAGCGUGCCGUCGCCUACGUGACCCAAACCGUUAUUGAAUAUGUCAAUGCCAACGGUAAGCCUGUUGUCUCCGAGGUGACCACCCAGGCUAAGGGCGUGGCCACUUCCCAGGCUGCUGCCACCACCUCCCAGGCUGCUGCCACCACCUCUCAGGCUGCUGCUGCCACCACCUCCCAGGCCGCUGCCAAGCAGUCUUCUUCCGCUUCCUCCUCUGGGAUCAGCGGUGACUUGUCUGCCUUCUCCGACCCUACCACCAAGUUCGAGGAUGGUGUCAUUGCCUGUUCCGACUUCCCAUCUGGCCAGGGUGUUAUUGGCUUGGACUGGUUAGGCUUCGGCGGCUGGUCUUCCAUCAUGAACAUGCAGGGUGAAACCUCCACUACCUGUAAGGAUGGCUACUACUGCUCCUACGCUUGCCAGGCCGGUAUGUCCAAGACUCAGUGGCCUUCUGAACAGCCAUCCAAUGGUAUCUCCGUUGGUGGUUUGUACUGUAAGGGUGGCUACUUGUACAAGGCCUCUGACUCUGACUACUUGUGUGAAUGGGGCCAGCAGUCUGCCAGCUUUGUGUCUGAAAUCGACGACUCUGUUGCUAUCUGCAGAACCGAUUACCCAGGUUCCGAAAACAUGGUUGUCCCAACCUGGUUGACUGCCGGUUCUUCCCAGCCGGCCUCUGUCGUCAACUCCGACUCUUACUACGUGUGGCAAGGCGGCAAGACCUCCGCCCAGUACUACGUUAACAACGCCGGUGUCUCUUUGACCGAUGGCUGUGUCUGGGGUACUGACGGUUCUGGUGUCGGUAACUGGGCUCCAGUUGUCAUCGGUGCCGGUUACACUGGUGGUGUCACUUGGUUGUCUUUGAUUCCUAACCCAAACAACAAGGAAGCUCCUAACUACAAUCUCAAGAUUGUUGCUUCUGACGGUGCUACCGUUGUUGGUAACUGUAAGUACGAAAAUGGUGUUUACACUGGUGGUACCUCCGAUGGUUGUACCGUCUCUGUUACCUCUGGUGUUGCCAACUUUGUCUUCUACUAGGCUUUUUUUUUUAAACUUUACAGUUUUACUAUGUGUAUAAUACCUUUAACCUCACUCGUUCAAAUGAAAAUAUUAAAAAAGGACAAAAAAAUAGCCAAU